AUCGGACAUUACCGUCACAGGGGUUUCCCUUACAUCAGCUGAGCACUGGAACCUACCAUUACCCUGCGACACAGGGGACACCAGAGGGAUAACGGGCCCAGGAAUAACAUAUACACACCAAAAAUGUUUACCCAACAGUCAACUGAACUCUUCUGUUUACUACAGUAAGCAUUACUGGAAUACAGAGGCGUUGGACAGUUUUCGUCAGGAGCGAGUGGAGACAUUCUUGACUCCGUUUUCCGUCGCGGAAUUGCUGGGCUUCCCUCGGAGUGUCAGUGCCUGACAUUGGCUUUAUACGGACUGUUGUCAUCAGAUCACUGAAGCUGAGCCGUCAGGGUGGACUGCAUGUCGGCCGAGGAACUAGCUGGCUUGCCGGUUUAAGUGCGUCGAAAAAGGACUCGACAGCAUUCCGUUCAGCGGGAUUGAGUUAGGGCUGGUCGGAGAUUCUGAGGACGUGUCACGUCAGCUGUCAGUGGAAAUACCGAGGUGGUGUUGGAUGUCACCAGCAGUCAGUGUCAGGCUGAACUGGGUUUGCUAACGUCAUCCAUCCUGGCAAAUCAAAUGGAGAAGCUCCAGGACCUGAGCCAAUCAGAGCUCCAGGAGCUCCUGGACAACCCGGAGAGGGUAGAGUCUAUGGCUCUGGAGUCUGACGAGAUCCAGAACAUCCAGCUGGAGAGAGAGAUGGCCCUGGCCUCAAACCGCAGCCUGGCUGAGCAGAACCUGGACAUGAAGCCCCGCGUGGAGUCAGAGAAGGAGGUGCUGGUGGAGAGAUAUUCUCAGCUAGAAGCCAUCAGAGAAACCUACAGACAACACUGCUCCCUCAGAGAUGGGAUGGUGGGUCAGUUGUCCCCAGAGGCUCUGUUCUCCAGACUGCAGACAGAGGGCAGCAAAUCGGAGGGAGAGUCCGAGGCUCUAGCUGAUGAGUUUCUGGAGGGCUCUCUGCCAUUGGACUGCUUCCUGGAUCGCUUUCUCUCCCUGCGCUCCCUCGCUCACAAAAGACGAGUGCGGAUAGAGAAACUCCAGGAGAUCCUACGACAGAGGAGCGAUGGCAAUCCCAACGCCAUGACCUCCUCAAUAGGAAUCAGCCAAGACCCCGUUGCCAAACCUUCCCCAUGGAAUCAACAGACAACUACGGCAACAUCAUCAAAUCCGCAGCAGCCAAACUCCAAACCUCAGUCCUCCAGCUACCAGAACGCCUCGCAGCCUGCCUCCUCGUCUGCAGGGGGCGCUGCUGGCCUCCCCUACAGCCCCUACCCUGUCUCCCAACCCAACCCUCCCCCUGCGGCAGCAUCAGGCUCCGGCCCAGCCAACCCCUCAUCGCAGUUCCCUCCGUACCCAGGUUCUGGUUCACCUUUCACCCCUGCGGGGAGCUUCUCUGGCCCCAGGCCUGCAUUUGGGCCUCCGGAUCCAGCUGCUUGCCCUUACCCCACCCAGCCCUCCUUCCCUGCCCCACACCCAGGCUCAGCAUUUGGCCAGUACACCCCCAGCCACUCUCAUGUUGGCCCCGCACCCUACCCGGCCUCCUACAGCUAUGGGGGCUACAGCUACCCCGCCGGGCCCCCGUAUUCCAAUUCUCAGUCCCCCACAGGGAGACCCAUCUACAGACCAGGAUAUGGAGUUCCACAGCCAUACUCAUGAAAGCACUACUGCUCUUCUGUCUCAAUUCUUCCACUAUUUUGCUAUCUCACCUCUUUGUCCUCUUCUCCCCCUUAUUCCCAGUUUCCUCUCCUCCUCUUGUCUUGUACCUCCUCUCCCCCCUCCUCUCUGCCAUGCUGAGAGAGGUCUCUGGCUUUACUUAUCUCUGUUGCACUAUUUCUCUCCUCUACAUAUACGUUUGUUGAUCUCUCCAUCUCUCUGCCUUUCCUUUUCACUCCCUCUGUCACCCUUAUGACUCCCCCACACUAGUCUCAGGUUGUUGCGUUGUGUUAAAACACUUGUAUCUGGCCCUCUCUCCAUCGCCUCCUCUCUACUCUUCCAUUCCUUGUGCGUGUGUGUGUGUUGCUAUUUGGCAAUCAGAAAGUCCUUAUAAACACACAAGUGCAUUCCCUUUUUGUAACACCGCAUCUGUGUCCGCUCAGAAUCUGUCUGCUUCACAUUGUUAUUCAUGAGCACAGUCUGCAUUGAGAAAAGACUCGAAUAGAACAUGUAUGUCCUUGGGCUUAUGAAAUGCAAUUAAAUUGGCAAAGGGAUGGCUGUCACAAAGAUGUCUCUUGUAUUAAGUUUAUUUAAGAUUAAACAUAUGCUUGCUCUAUUCCAACCUAUUACAUACAAUAACCCUAAAUGUGGGAGGUGUAUUUGAUAUAUGCAUAAUCACCUGUGGGCGGAGGGACCACCAGUAUUUCCGGUCACCCUUUAUUUCCGUCAACCAAAGAACCAUGUGACGAUGACAGUGCUUCAAUUUGUUUUCAUUCAUCUUAUUUAUUGUUAACGUCAGAAGAGUAAGUUGGCUCCAGCAGUUUGUCCUCUCGUCCGUGAUAAGCCUGGCGCAGCAGGAAGUGGCGAGGCCCAGUGACUAGCAAGGCUUGUUGCUAAACUAGUGCAGCUGGCUAGCUAACCACUGACACACUAGCCAAGGUGAACAUGAGAGUGAGCGGAAGCUUCUUUCCUGUGUGCUGUACUGGUUUACUCCCUCUGGUAUGUGUUCUCAGAAUGGGCUAACUCCAGGCUAACAAGCUCUUUAGAUAUUUUCUGAGGUCAGUUGUCUGUCCUGGGUUAGGAUCAAUAGUUAGCAGGUACUAAAUGUCUCUCAGUAAGCCUCAUAUCAGCCUUUCCAUAUCAACACUUUUGGAAAUGACCCAAAGCCCAUUUAAAACUGAAAGCUUGUUAGCUGUAACAGCUUUGAUAAAUGAUCACUUUGUAUACAUGAUAUUACGAUGGUGUGAACAGCUUCCUGUUGAGCUCUAUGAUCCCAUGUUAUCAAAUAAUGAGAGCAGCAAAAAUAAAUGAAUAUGUUUAACAAACAUCUCCUUCCUGUGUAUGUGGGGAACGUAUUCUUUAAGUCUUUCCUCAAGGCCUGUCUGCAUGUUGGACCCAAACUGCACAGACAGGCAGCUAUCAUAUUGAGCUGUGGCUAGCUGUCCUUGUCAUGUCUUACAUUUGUAGUUUCAUGUAUGUCGUUUAUUCCACAACAAUUACAAAUAGCUAGCAAGACAAGGCAACAGUGCAGUACUACCAAGUGUUUGAAAGACAUUUCAAUAACCGGAAGGCAGAUGUUUGCUAUACCAUAAAUGAACUAUCUAACUUAAGCGACAAACGUUAGCUUCAGAUUGUACACAUGUCCAACAAAUAUAAAUAAAUACAAAGUCUCCGAA